AUGACCACUCCAGACAUUGCCGCCAUCAGGGCCAACUUCCCCUCCCUCACCCAAGACCAAGUCUACUUCGACAGCGCCGGCGGCAGCCAAAUCCUCGGCUCCGUCGUCUCCUCCCUCGUAACCCACUACACCGUAACCAACGUGCAGCUCGGCCCGACCUACACGGCCGCUCAGGCAGCCCUGCGAAAUUACAAAGCCGGCUGGGCCGCCGCCGCGGACUACCUCAACUGCAAACCCGAGCAGAUCGUUUUCGGGGCCUCCACGACGCAACUCCUGCGGAAUCUUGUCAAUGCCUUGCAGUUUGAUAAGGAUGAUGAGAUUGUCGUGUCGAUUAUUGAUCAUGAGUCGAAUAUUGCGCCGUGGUUGGAUCUUGCUGAACGGCAGGGUUUGGUCGUGAAGUGGUGGAAGCCCGAGACUUUAACCGGUGAUGUGAGCGGCUUGCUCCCACUCAUUACGGAAAAGACGAAGUUGGUGGCCGUAACGCACGCGAGCAACGUGCUGGGCAACGUGAAUCCCAUCAAGGAAAUCGCAAAAGUAGCGCACGAAAAGGGGGCCUUGCUAUCCGUUGAUGGCGUCGCCUACGCGCCGUACCGCCCCAUCGACGUGGCGGACCUCGACGUAGACUUCUACGUCUUCUCGUGGUACAAAGUCUUCGGCCCGCACAUCUCCACUCUAUAUGCUAGUCCGCGCGCUUUCCCACGCAUCCGCUCCCUCGGCCACUUCUUCCAUGACACGAACACCCUCGAGGGGAAACUCGGACUUGCCGGCGCCGCGUACGAAUUCGUCCAGGCUAUACCCGUCGUGACGGCGUACCUCGCCCCGGAGGAGACGCGCCGGGCUAUUGAUGCGAACCACACCGCUAUUCUGCGGCCACUCCUUGAAUAUCUCGCGAGCGACCCGGAUAAGUUUUCGGUGUAUGGUGGGACUGAACUACAUGCGGGGAGGCUGCCUGUGGUGAGCUUUUCCGUGAAGGGUUGGAGCUCGAGAAAGGUUUGUGAGGGGGUUGAGGAGGUGUCGAAUUUUGGGAUUCGAUGGGGCCAUUUUUAUGCGCCGAGGCUGGUGGGCGAGGUUUUGGGAAGGUUGGAGGAUGGGUUGGAUGGGGUUAUUCGGGUGAGCUUUGCCCAUUAUAACUCAGUCGAUGAAGUUGAGCGCUUCAUCAAGGUGCUUGACUCGGUGUUAUCCAAGUCCCCGGAGGCAUGA